AUGUCAAAGCCUCCUUCUAAAAGCUCAAAAUCUGAAUCACAAUAAAAAAUUUCAUAACCAUCUAUUGAUUUUUCAAAUCCUAUUAAAUUAAGUAGAGAAAAUUCAACAAAUAAUAUUAAUAAAGGUUCAAAUUCCACUCUUUAAAAACCUUAAUAAAAGUCAACUUAGAUUAGUAGAGUAUCUUCAAGUUAGAAUAUUCCUGAUCUAUCUUCUAAGAGAAUUGCAAGUAAAGAACCAUCACCAGCAAAAAUAAUAGAAUAAACUAUUAUUAAAGGCACAAGUAAGAUUACUUAAAAGGUAUCCUUUAAAAAGAUAACUUCGAAAAUAGAUGAUGGGAGGCCUAAAAACCCAAGUGAUUUUAAGGUAAAAUAAACUCUUAUUAGUAAUUAACCAUAACAUUUAAAACACGGAUAAUAAAAAUAAAUAUCUCUUUUAAAGAAGGAGAAUACUUUGUCAGGACAUCGUUCAAGUGGUCUAAAUAAAUUAAGUAAAUCAGUAAAUAGCAAUUCUUCAAGUCGUAAACCAUCUCCAUAAAAUAAGGACAUAUUGCCCACAAAAUAAAAAUAGUUUUCAUCAUCAUAAGCUUAAAUAGAAUAAUAAUAAGUUAAAGAAUAAUUUUUAUUGAAUGAUGGAUAGUAAUAAGAAAUAAUUUAUGAUCAAUAAAAAAUAAAUGUGAUACAAUAAAAAGAAGAACAUUAAGAUAAUUUAGAUAAUUAAGAUAUUUAAGAUAGUUAAAAUAGUUAAGAUAAUUAAGAUAGUUAGAAUGAUUAAUCAGAAUUAGAAUAUUAAGAAGGAGCUCUAAAUGAAAAUAUGUCAGAAUAAGAUUAAAAUUAAUUUGAUUAAAUAUAACAUAAUAGUAAUGAUUUAGAUUAAUAACAUGAUACUGAAAAUGAUGAAGAUUAACAAGAAAUUGUAAAAUAAAAUGAGAUAGAAAAAUAGUAAUUAAUAUAAAUAGAUGAUAAAUAGUUAAGUAAUGAUGAUCCAGAAUUAGAUUAAAAUGAUGAUGGUGAGAUAUCAAUUGAAGAUGAUAUAAAAUAAAUAGAUAAUUUAGAUAUAGAUUAAAAUAUGGAUUCUAAUAAUUAAAAAGUAAGAUCUCUUCCUUAAAUUGAUACUAUAUAAGUAGACAAAUCUAAUUAAUAAAAAAAAUUACCACCUGAAAUUGGAGAUUUAAAAUAAAUUCCAGAUUAAAUUGGUGAUAGAUUAAAUACAAUAUAAGAAGAUAUGUAGAGUAAUGAUGCUUUGAGUCAAAGAUAAUUUAAUGAAAUGGUUGAUGGAGAAACAGUUGAACCUAUUCUGACAAACAGAACAGAAGAUGCUAAUCAAAAAAAUAAUGUCAACUUUUUAAAGAAAUAAUCUUAGGAUAUAUCAAGCACAAAAUUUUUAGAAAUUGAUUUUUAAGAAGAUUAAUAAUAAGGAAGUUAAUCAGCUAGAUUAUAAAAUAUAAAAUAGGAAGAUAAAUAAGAUAAUAUAAUUGUGAAAGAGAUUAUCUCAAAAUAAAUAUCUUAACCAAUUGAAAAUACUCAAGAAGAAGAUGAAGAUUAUGGCUUUGGAGAUUUGGAAUCUGAAUUUGUUAAAAAAACAUUAGAUGAUGAUGAUGAAGAACCUAGUCCAGAUAAUAAAAUUCCAAUAGACUAAGAGGAUGGAUUUCAAGAAAAUUAAUUUAACAAUUAAAAAAAUGAUUAAAUUCUUAUUGAUCAAAAUUUUAAUGAUAUUAAUGAAUCAACUAAUUAGAAGUUAAAUGAUAAUGAAGAUGAAAUUAAAAAUAAAAUUCAUAUUUAAUUUAAUAAAAAUUAUGAAAACAUUUAAUUAGAAUAAACUAAUUUAAAUAAUUAAGAUUAAGAAUAAGAAUAAAUUCAAUAAGAAAAUACAGAAUAAAAUAUUGGAACUUUAAUUGAAAAUCAAAAUAAUAAUGGUAAUAAUAAUAAUGAUGAUAAAUAAUAUCCCAAUAAUACUGAAGAAAUAAUAUAAAAAGAGAAUAUUUAGAAUUAAGAAAAUAUUAUUUUAAAUGAUAGUUAAAAAAUAGAAUAAGAUAAUGUUUAAGAAAUACCAAAUUAAUCAAUUAAAAGUAAUAUAGAAGAUAUCAAUUAUGAUGAUAAUAAUAAUGAAUAAAUUUUUGAGUAACAGAAUAUUAAAGAUACCGAAUAAAUCCUUAUUAAUCAGGCUAUUGAUUAGUAAAUAGCAGAAUAAUAAUUAAAUUUAAUUUAUGAUAACUCUAACAUUGAAUAGGAUAAUUAGAAUAUAAAUAAUCUAGUUGAAAAAUAAUCUGAUUUAAUUGAAUCUAAUUUAAAUGAAGUAGUAAAAUAAGAUAAUAUAGUAAAUGAAAAUACCUUAAUAAAAUUAGUAUAAAACAAAUUAGUAGAAGAAAUAAAUGAUUAAAAUUUAGAAAUUUAAGAAGAUGCUGAAUAAAUAGUUUAAAAUGUUUAAAUAUUAGAUUCAUCUUAGAAUUCAAUAAAAUAAUCUGAUCAAAUUGAUACUUAAGAAUAGACAUCACUUUUUAAAGAAAAUAAUAUAGAAAAUAAGGAUUGUGAAGAAAUUUAAAAAUAACAUAAUUAUAGUCAAGAAGAUAAUUAAUUAAUAUAAAAAAUAGAACAAUCAGAAUAAUAGAUAGAUCAAAUUAUUCAAAAUGAUGAAGUUGAUCAAAACUCUUUUAAAUAAUAAAAAUAUUCAGAAGUUAUUGAAGAAAAGCUUAAUGAUCAAUCUAUUAAUGAUGAUAAUAAUAUUGAAAUAAUUUAAACUCACAGAGAAUUAAAUGAUACAUAAAUAAAAUUAUAGACCGAAGUCUUCAAUUAAAGUAAAGAACAAGAAGUAUUUUCUAAUAGUGAUACUUUAAAUAUUGAAAAACAGGAAGAUCAUUAAGAUACUUAAGUAGAUAUUAGAAACUAAGAUUAUAAUGAAAUCAAUUCAAAAAAUAUUUCAGAAAUAAUAAAUGAGUAAAAUAAUAUACAUGAUGAUAGAAUAGAAAAUAAUGAUGAAAAUCAUAAUAAUUCAAGUUAUAAUCAAGAUAAUUAAUUAAAGUAAGACAAAUAGAUAGGGGAAGAACAAAAUAUUUAAAAGGAUUAUCAUUAAAUUAAUAAUUAAAGAGAUGAAGAUCAUGUUACAGAAAUUUAAGAUAAAUUUGGAUAAGAAUAAUUCUUAAUAGAUGAAGGAAAAAAAGAACUACAGGAAGAAGUACAGAAUGAGGAAGUACAAAUCAUAUAAGAUAUAACAGGACAAGAUUAAGAUAAUAUGUAAGUUACUGUACUUUCUUAAUAAAAUUACAAUAACAUUUUACCAUUAUAAUAAAAUUCAAAUAUUAGUGAUUAAAAUCUAAAUAAAGAUGAAAAUUUAUUAGAAGAUAUUAUUGUUGAUGAGUAAUCUGAUUAAUAUGAUGUAAUCAAAUAAGAAGAUAAAUUGUAAUAAAAGCAAUCUGAUUACUAAGAACCAACAACAAAUGUGAAUUAAAAUAAUGAUGAAAACCAUCACUAAAAUUUAUUAGAGGAAAUUCAAGAUAAAAUUGAUUAGAUCAUAAAUGAAUAACAAAAUAAUUAAGUAGAUCAAAAUUCAGAAAGUAUGUAAAAUAAUGAUAAAUAAGAAUAAAUAUAAAUAGAUGUUCCUUAAAAUUAAUUUUAACCCAUAAAAUAAUCUGCUUUUGAGAAUUAACCUUAAUUACAAGAAUAAGAUAAAAUUGAAUCGAAUCUUCAUGUAGAAACUUAAAAUAUUGAAGAAAAAAAUCAUUUAAAUUUACCUAAUCUUGAUGUGGCUGUUAAUUUAUUUUCUUAAAAUUAACAAGAAACUCGAGGUGAUGAUCUAAAUACAAAAGAUUUAAAUGAAAAAUAAAUUAAUGAAUCACAAUGUUUAAAUGAGGAAAAAUAACAAAUUAUUUAAUAAGGAUAAGAUUAAUAAUAACAAUAAAAUUAACAAAUAGAAUUCUAAAGCUAUAGUAAUUUUAUAUCUUAAAAUACUGUUAGUGCAAUUUCUUAAGAACCAAAAUAUAAUGAUUUAGGAAGUGUUUUAUUUGCUAAAUAAUAAAAUAUACAUUUUUUGGAAUAAAAUUAUGAGAUAUCUAAAAUAGAUUUGGACUUUGAAUAAGAUCAAAAAUAUAUCAAAAUUGAAGUUGAAGAAAAUCAAGUCGAAAAAAGUGUAGAUGAAUUUAAUGAAAAUUCAGAAUAAGUAAAGAUAAAUGAAAUUUAACAAAACGAUUAAAAAAUUGAACUUCCAGAUGAAGUAAAUGAUGAUAAAAGUCUUGGAGAAAAUCUUAAUGAUUAGGAUGAAAAACAUUAAGAUUAAAAUCGAAAUAACAAUGAGUUAGAUCAAAAUAAGUAUAGUGAAAAUUAUUUCUAGUAAGAUGAAAAUUCUUUAGAGGAAAAAGAAAAUCAUUUAGAAUAAAAUGAAAAUUAAAAAGAUUAAAAAGAAAAUCAAUAUGAAUUAGAUUAAAACAAUUUAGUUGAUUAAUAAUAAAAAAAAGAUUGUUUAAAAUAAAGUGAAGAUUUUUAAGAAAAAUAAGAUAAUUAAAAUUAGAAAGUUGAUUACUAAGAUUUGAAAGAUAAGAUCUAAGAAUAAAUAGAUGAUAUCAAAGAAUAACAAAAAGAUGAUUUUUAAGAUUAGAAAGAUGAUUAUAAAGAUUAGAACGAUGGUAAUAAUGAAUAAAAAGAUGAUUAUUAAGAUUAGAAAGUUAAUAAUUAAGAAUAAAUGGAUAAUAUUUAAGAUUAGAAAGAUGAUAAUUCAGAAUAAUUUGAUAAUAUUGAAGAAUAAAAAAAUGUUAAUUAAGAAUAAAAUGACGAUAUUUACAAAUUAAAAAAUGAUAUUCAAAAAUAAAAAGAUGAUAAUUAAGAAUAAAAAAUUGAUACUUAAGAAGAUAUAUAAAAAUAAUAUAUUGAAGAUUAAAAAGAACAUAAUUAAGUAAAUUUUUAAGAAUACAAAGAUGAUAAUUAAGAAAAUUAUUAAGAAUAAAUUAAUGAUAGUUAAGAAUAAAAAGAAGAUCAUUCAAAAUAAAUUAAAGAAAAAAAGGAAGAUAAUUAAGAUAAUUGUAAAGAAUAUAUAGAUGAUAUUUAAAAAAAAAAAGAUAAUAGUUAAGUAAAUUAUUACGAAUAAAUCGAAGAUAAUAGACAAUAUAUUGGAUAUAAUUAAGAAUAAAUAGAAUAUUAUUAAGAAUAAAAAGAAGACAAAUAGAAAAAUUAUUAAUAAUAAAUAAUAGAUAUUUUAGAAUAAUAAGAUGAUAAUUAAAAAAAAUAUCUAGAAUAAAUAGAAGAUAAUUAAAAAUAAAUAGGAAAUAAUUAAGAAGAUUAUUAAGAAUAAAUAGAGGAUUAAUAAGAAUAAUAAGAAGAUAAAUAGGAACAUUAUUAAUAAUAAAUAGAUGAUAAUUUAGAAUAUUAAGAUGAUAAUUAAGAAAAGUAUUAAGAAUAAAUAGAAGGUAUUUAAGAUUAAAAAGAACAUGACUAAAUAGAAUCUAAUGUAUAAAUAGAAGAUUAAUAAGAUUAAAAUAAUAAUAAUUAAGAAAAUGAUUAUUAAGAUUAAAUAAAAGAUAGUUAAGAUUAAAUAAAAGAUAUUUAAGAAUAAGAAGAUGUAAUAAAAGAAAAAAUAGAAGAUAAUUAAGAAUAUCAAAAAAUUAUUUAAGAAUAAAAAGAAAGUAAUUAAGAAUAAUAAGAAGAUAAUUAAGAUUAGAAAGAUGAUUAUUACUAAUAAAUAGAAAAUAUAACAGAAAAAAAAGAUAAUAGUUAAGAAGAAGAUUAUUAAUAAUAAAUAUAAGAUAAAGAUUUUUAAUAAUAAAUAUAAGAUAAUUAAGAAUAAAAGGAGUAAAUCUAAAAUUAUGAUGAAACCAAAGUAGAGGAUAAAAAGUGUAGCAAUAAUGAUGAAAAUUUAUAAAAUGAUUAUGAAACUCGUAAUGAUUAGGAUGAAAAUCAUAUCAAAGAUAAUGAUUCAUAAAAAAACUCAGUUAAAUCUAAGAAAUCUAGAAUAUCAAAUGCUUUAGAAAAUAUGAAUGAAAGUCAAUAAUUACAUUAAAAUGAAUCUGAAGUGGAUUUUAAUUGUAAUGAUAUUCCAAGUUAGCGAACUUAAGAAUUAGGUGAGAUACAAAGAGAAAUAGAGAAUGAAUUAGAUCCAUUAACAGAUUCUUAAAAAAAAAAUUUAAAUAAAAAAGACGAAUAGUAGUAAGAAACUAAUAAUAAUCGUCCCAUAAUAUCAUUGAAUUUAUAAAAUUUAUAAGGGAAUAAAAAUUACAAGGAUGAUUAAUUAGACACAGGUAGAACAGAUGAUAGUAUGAUAAACUAACUAUUUGCAUAAGAUAGGGAUAUAAAUAAUCAUUUAGUUAGAUAUAAUUCUGAUUCCAAACCAUAAUUUAGAAUGAAAAAGUAACAUCUUUAAAUGAAUGAUAUUAUAUAAGAAAAAUAAGAAUCAGUAACUCCAGACAACUAUACUAGAUCUAUGAAUCCUACACCAAAACCAGGAGGAAGUUCUAAGCAUCAGAAAAAUGUCUAUUCUUUUGGAAUUUAAGAAGAUUAUAAGUGUAAAUAAAGUAUUUAGAGAGGACUUUCAGAGAAAGAAAUAGAAAAAGAUAAAAAAAAGAAAGAGAAUUAUUAUUAUUACAGAAAGUCACUUGAAAGUCAUAGUAAAGGAAAAGAUAAAGAUAUUAAAAUGUUAUCAGAGAAAGAAAAAGCCGAAAAAGAUGAUGAAGAAAAAAUAAAAUUACUAUAAAUAAAAUUAUAAUCCAUAUAAGAAGAUAAAUAAAAAAAGGAGAAUCAAAUAAGAGAACAAUAAGUGAGAAUUUAAUGUAUUUAAUAAACUCUUAAUGAAAUUCCAGAUAUCUAGAAUUUAGAUGGAAAAGAAGAUUUUUAUUUGAAUAAUCUUAUAGAUUUUGUUGAUUAUUACAAAGAAAACAGAUAUAAGGAUAUAUCAAAUAUGAAAGAUCCUAAAUUAGCCAGUUUGAUGAGAAACAGAUUUUAGGAAAUUUUAUAGAAAGAAGAAUAGUUAUAAGAAGCUUAUAUUAAACAAGAAUAAUAAAUUGAAAAUGAGAUUAAAUUAAAAUAGCAAAUUAGUUAUGUUUUGAAAUUGCUAUUUUAGGAGUAUGAUAUUUUAAGAUAAAAAUCUUUUUAAUUAGACUUAGAUAUAGUAAAUUCACAAUAAAAGGUAUAUCAAAAAAUGAAAAAGCUAAGCAUUAGUACAAAAUUAAUCCAAAAUUUAAGAUAAUUAGAUAGUGAUUAAUAACAUGUAACUAAUGAAUUUAAAAAUUUUAUUACAUGUAAUAGAAUGAAUUUUGAUCAUGAAGAAUUGAUAAGGUUUAUAUAGUCUGAAACUACAGUUUAAGAGAAUGUGUAUCAUUCUAUUUAAAAAAUUAGAAAUAUAAUAAAGGAAAGAAUAAAUCAAAUAAAGGAAGGGGAGAAGGCUAUGGAAGAAUAGCUAUUAUGUAAUAUUUAAAAAUAUUGA